UAGUGAGUGUUUCUGCCCGUGGGCACUUCCCGCUCCUCGUAUGCAACACAACAAACCCUGCCCGUACCGUACCGUGUCGGUGGGAUAAGGCUGUAUUCUUCAAACGUGGCAAUGGGCUGAGCGAGGCCUUAAGAGCAUGCAGGUCCAAAAUCUCCGAUUGAGUUGUUCUGUCAGUCUCUCGAAACUGCCCCAAGCUGGUGUGGCACAAUGGUGUCUGCUUAUUUCAACACCCCACCGGCCAACGAACUCGACGAACGAAUUGCAGCGGGACUUUUGCUGCUUACUGGCCUUACUCCCAACAUUAAAGACCCCAAAAAUGGAGUGACAAUUCCACCUUUUCGUCCAAAGGAGAAUUACCACUUUGAGACCAAAGGCCCGGGUAUCAUAGCUGCGCUGUCAGUCUGUAUGGUAAUUCUAACGCUUGUCACAUUUCUGAGGUUGGGCAUUCGGUUGUUCGUCCAUGGGGUCCGUUUCGGUGCCGAUGACUGGCUCAUCAUUCCCGCAUAUCUCCUAGCCAUGACGUACCCAGCGCUUCAGAUCUCUAUGGUUCAGUACGGCGGGGCCGGAAAGCACUUCUAUGAUAUCACCUAUCAAGAGUAUUACCACUACAAACUGCUAGCACCGACAGCUGCCACUGUGUUUUACGUCUACGUGGGACUUGUCAAGAUGAGCAUUGCAUUGUUCAACAUUCGACUGACAACCCUUACGACGAGAUUCUGGAAGAAUGUCAACUGGGCGUUCUUUGGUCUAUGUUCGGCCUACACUCUCGCAGCGCUGUUUCUCAACAUCUUCAAGUGCAACCCUCAAUACGCGAGUUUUGAUUUGCUCCGGAUUGCCGAAUCGGGUAUGGUACCGAAAUGUCUGUCUGUCAAUUCGAUGAACAGCAUCCUUCGCUUGAACCUUGCUCUGGACUUCACCGCUCUCGCUAUCCCGGUAAUUGUGAUAUGGAAAGUUCAGCUGAGUUGGAAGAAGAAGGCUCGCAUAUUUGGCUUACUAUCUAUCGGUCUGAUUGCCUGCAUUGCCUCAGUCAUGACGCUUGUCUCGCAGUACACCCUGGCCAAGGAUCCGCUGUGGAAUUAUACGACCCUGCUGGCAUGGAUCAUGGUCGAGAUAGUUAUCAGCCUCGUUGCGGCCUGUGCUCCUACCCUUGCCUAUCUUCUUCCGAAGACCAUGUUUUCGAAGCACUAUGCAUCCAACAGCGCUAGCAAAUUGACGGGCCACAAGUCAGUCACCGGCGUCGGGUCAAGGAAUAACUAUGCUCUGCGGACACGGCCUGCCAACGGAGACGAUAGAGAUAGCGAAGAGGACGAGCGUCGCAUCAUCGUGAAAGAGGACAUUAGAGUAGAGUGGCAGGACCUUGGACGCAGCGAUGCUCACGGUUCGCAAGCGAGCGGUCAUUCAGGCCAUGAUGAUAGCCGAACAAGCUGGAGUGAUCAUCAUAGGGGGCCGUAGUGUGCACGGCUUUUUAUUGUUAAAUCAGG